AUGUUCCCUUGUACAGAGAACCUGGCAUUGAAGGAAGCAGUUGAUUUUCACGGCUCCACGUGGGGCGCUCCCGUUGCUAAGGGCAACUCAUCUGCAUGGGAAGGGAAGCGUGGGCGUGGCCAGUCCGACCCCUCCCCUCGUUGCCUAAGAGACCAUGUGUGUCGGGCCGCAGUUGCAGCUAGACUCUGGCUGGCCGACGUGAGGGCUUCCCCGCAGCAGCGCCAGCCAUCAGUCAAGAUGUCGUCAGUGGGGAAGGUGACCAAGGUCCAGAGUGGCAAAGUCUACCAGCAGAUCUUCGAAGCUGAGGUGCAGCUGGUCCAGUCCUUGGCAGCCACCAGGAAACGGACUACAGAGCAUUCUGUGCCCUCAAAGAAUGACAGGAAACCUGUGAUGAAGAAGAUGGAGAUUCCUGAAGGGGCGACAAUUUCCCCUCGACAGUGGAAGUGGGCGCACAGCCUCCCCAAUGAUGGGGCCACAGAAAACCCUGUUCUCUACAGGGAAAAGGAAAGAACCAGGAGGGAAAACGCACGUGAAAGCGAGAGCUCCAUUGCCGCUCAGGAAGUCCAGAGCCUCCUGGACGACAUUGUUCCAGAGAAGACAAGCACCUUGGCCCUUCAAAAGCAAGAAGAGCACAAGAAGAAGAGGCAUGAAUGUGCCCUAGCACGCUUUCAGGAGGAGAUCGCGCAGAUUGGGAAGGAAAUGGAACCUCUCAUCUUGGAGACAGGGGGAGUUUUAUCGAAAAAACUGUCUGAGUCUGGUGAAAACAUCGACUGUCUCUUCAAAAAUGUGGAAAACAACAUCAACCUUGAGGACUUCUCCAUCCAAAUACUGCUGGAACUGUGGGAUAAGGUGGCUGAGACAUUCUUGCUCCAGAAGGAGGAUAUCAAGGAACUGGAUGAAACACUGCUCUCGUUGGAGGUCUUGAGAGCCGAUAAGCUAAAGAGCGUGUUGGAGAAAUAUGUGAUUAUCAUACAGAAAACAUCCUACCUCAUGCAGCCAGAUGUAUAUAGGCUGAUAGAUAAAGAAGCUAUGGUCAUGAACCAUGCUCUGCUGGGCAACAAGAGAGCCAUCGCCCAGCUGACUGUCAACCUGAUGGAGGCCACACUGCAGCAGGAGCUCAGCAGCCGUUACCGCUGGUGGGAGCUGGUGAACACCUGGAAGACACUCAAGAAGGAGUCCGUGCAGCAGAGCUUCAGUGAGUUCAUGGCCAGUGAGAGUAUCCAGGCGCCGCCGGCUGUACAGAAGGAGCUACAAGAAAUGUUGAAGACUCAGCGUGGCCUGCAGCAAAAGCGGCUGGAGCAUCUCUGUACCAUCUGUGACCUCCUGCCCCCCAACUACAACAAAGACCAGCUGACUGAGUGGCGUUCUUCUCUCAACUCCCUGAACAAACAGCUCGACUCCUACCACAUGGACUGCAUGAUGAGGAUUCGCUUGCUGUAUGAGAAGACCUGGCAGGAGUGCCUGGCCUUUGUGCAGACUUGCAAGAAGCAGUUACUGGACUGGAAGGCCUUCACUGAGGAGGAAGCAGAGAGCUUGGUGAACCCGGCCUUCUUCCAAGGGGUGGGAGAGCUCCAGAGAAGGGUGGAGGAAGAGCUGGAGCUUCUGGAUAGCUCCUUCGAGGCCCUGGCCAAGCAGACAGAGUGGCAGAGCUUAAACCUAUUCAGGUACUUCCAGGAGGCUGUGUGGCUGUGGGAGGCACACCAGAGCAUGCUGUCGGUGCAGGAGGUGGAACUCGAGAAGAGGAUGGAGGAGCACCGGCAGAGAAACAGCCUGGAGAACCAGGCCCAGGAGGCCCAAUUUGAUAGACUCUUGGACCAAUUGAGGCAACAAAGCCAUGAGGAAGCACUGAGAACACACCUGGACAAGGCCAAAAAUUUUCUGAAGAACAUGAAAUCCAGGUAUGAGAGUUUUCACCACCUCAUGACCAAGGAAGUGAUGGAGUACCCAGUGAUCUUACUGGAAGAACUCAACUCCUACAGCUGCACCCUCAGCCAACAUUUCUUUGUUCGUGAAAUCUUUGAGCAGAACUUGGCCGGGGACAUCAUUUUCAAACUCAGGCAACCAGAAGCACAUGAACAGCCCUUCCUGCGGAAAACAAGGAGACUGAAGAAAAAAGGAAGGACUAAAGUGGAAAUAAGCAGAGCUGAGGAAAGUAUAGGUAGAGAGACAGGUUCUGAAAGGUCAGAGGAGAUAGAAGAAGAACAAGAUCAAGAAAUACAGUCCUGGGUAACUGAUGAGGUGCUGAGCCAGCAGGAAAAGUCUGCUCAGAGUGACCUUAUAGAUGAGCCCAGAGAGGGCUCUACACAAAGACCAGAAGAAAUGCAGGGUAAAGAAAAGGACUCCACAAAACUGAUCCUAACCCAGGAAGAUGUGAGGAUUGAAGAAGAAAAGGAAGAGGAGACAGAGGAGGAAGAGGAAUUUGAGAAGGAGGAGGAGGAGAAUGAGGAGGAGAAGAAAGAAGAGGAGGAGGAGGAGAAGGAAGAGGAAGAGGAGGAGGCAAAAGAGGAGGAGGCCAAGGAGGAGAGUCUAUUGAAUGAUGUUGUUUCUCAACCUGUACAGGCUGAAGCCAAGGAAGAGAGUCUGGAGGAGGUAUACUAUGAGGACAUGGAGUCCUUCACAACCUCCAGUGGAAACACUUAUUUUGUCUUCCUAUCUCUGGAAGAAGAAGAAAAGAGUCUCAGGAGACCCCAUUCCAGCCUCUUGGCAACUCUCAACAAUACUUCCACCUCCAGGUUCAUAGAAAAAGUGAUAGUUCCAACCAGACUUAUUUUAAAAAUUAAGAAACGACUUCGAGUAGGCUUCUUUGAACACCUUGAGAAGUGGUUUGACCAAUGUGCUCUCAAUGUCCGAGUCACCGUGGCUACUAAGAUUGAUGAGCUAGAUUCAGAACUGGAGCUUCGUCUGCACCUGCACAAGCCAAGAGUUCAGCACGUUGAGAGGGAUAUCCACAAUGUCAGAGCAGCUGAGCUCUUGCUUCACCAAAAGCGGUUGGACAGCCACUGCACUGGAGUGAUCGAGACACUGAGGAAGGAGAGGCUGAUGUUCUGCCAGUUCCAAGAAGAGCAAACAAUGAGGAGCAAAAACUUCCGCCGUAAGAUUUUUGAUAUGGAGCACAUCUUCUUGAAUGCCACCAAGAGCCAAAAGCUGGUCAUUCUCACCAACACACUGCACCGGGAGCUGCUUAGCCACGUGGAUGUCAUCCAGGUGUCCCUGCGCAGUUUCCGGCAGUACUUGGAGGAAAGUCUGGGCAAACUCCGCUACACCAACGUGGAGUUCAUCAAACGCUGCAGAUUAUUUUCGGAGGGAGGCGACUUUUCCCCUGAAGAAAUCGACUCACUGUGUCAUCGACUGGAGAAGGAAACUGCCCGGAUAGAGUUUGUUGAAAGUGUAAUCAUGCUCCACAUGGAGAAGAUGGAGAACGAGUAUCUGGACCAGGCUAAUGAUGUCAUCAACAAAUUUGAGAAUAAAUUCCAUAACCUGUCUGUGGACCUUAUUUUCAUAGAGAAAAUCCAGCGGUUGUUGACAAAUUUGCAAGUGAACAUCAAGUGCCAGGUGGCAAAAUCCAAUUCACAAACAGAUGGAUUAAAUUUUUUUCUGAAGCAGCUUCAACACAACAUAGAAACAUGUCGAAACCCAAGAGGAGAUAAAACAGUGGUGACCACAGACGACCUCCUUGGGUUUGUUCAAACUUGGAAAGAAAAACUGAGCCAGAGGAUUAAGUACCUCAACUGCAGCCUGGACAUGGUGUCCGUGACUCAAGAGGUCUUUAUGGACAGUGUCCUGAUGGACUUGGAGGCAGAAAGUGACAUCCAGGUGUCCUCAGAGGCCCUUGAGGAGGAGGCCAAAGUGGGCCUGGUCACCCCUGAGUCCUUUGCACAGCCAAGCCGCAUGGGGAAGCCCAUGCUUGAAGACCCUGCCAUAGAGGUGGUCAAGAAGAUCCUGCAAAUUCCCAAGACAAAAUCAGGGCACCACUGUGAAAAAGAUCAGUCACUAACAAUCUUGAAGCGAUAUCACUGUCGGGCAGAAAACUUCACAAAGAAGUCCUUGCACAAUGCCAGUGCCACCUCAGAAGGGAGGGAUUUUAAAAGCAUCAUCCUGGCCCUCCUCUGGGAAAGCAACGAGCACCUGCUGAGUGUUGCAGAGGAGUUUUACCGCAAAGAGAAGCGUCCGGUCACCAGGCCCGAUUGCAUGCAUGAUAACUUUGACCAGUGCGCUGAACACAUUAGCAAGAAGAUACUGGAGUACCAGACCCAGGCAGAAGAGUACCAUAACUCCUGCCUCAUUGAAUUACGAGCCCAGAUGAGGAGAUUUGAGGAGCUGCUGCCCCACGUGUGUUGGCUAGUGAUGGAGAAUUUAAAGGAGCAGCACUGGAAAAAGUUUUGCGCCUCCAUGACAGAGAUACGGGCAUGGUUUGAGGAACAGCAGACACUGCUGGAGAAAAGGAAGGAUGAAAAUGCCCAGCAGCUCCAUCCAAAUCUUGGACAUCCCACACAUGCCCCCAAAAUGGAGAUUCUAAACUUAGAGGAAAAGAAAAGACAGGACGAGCUGGACCACGUGAUCACAAGAAACAGGGAAAGACUGGAGGAAUUUGCCAAGAAACAUGGCCGCUUUUUCAUAGUCAGCUUGGCCUCCUUCACUGAGAAAUUCCUGCUGCAGUUGGAUGAAUUGGUCACCAUGGAUGACAUCCAGGUUGCAAGGAUGGAGCCCCCCAAGCAGAAAACAUCAAUCCUCAUACGGAGAAAACUAGCCAGGCUCUCCCUGGAGGAAGAGUGUGAGAAGCCCCUGAUUGAACGUGGGAGCAGGAAGUGGCCAGGAAUCAAGCCCACUGAAAUCACCAUCCAAACCAAGAUUCUUACUCGGAAGACACCCUCAAUAACCACCUUAAAGACCACCCUGGGCCAUCUGGCAGCUGUGGAAGCUCGAGAUGCUGUAUACCUGAAAUACUUAGCAUCAUUUGCAGAGGAGAUGAAGAAAAUCCACAAGGACGAUGCGGCACUGGUGAAGGAGGCUCAGCACUGGAAGGACAGCUGGAAACGCUCCCUGGACACCAUCAAGGGCCUGUACUUGUGCCAGCCUUCUGCCAAAUAA